AUGGAUCUGAACGAGGAGGACGAGAGCGGUAACGAGAGCGGCAGGCAGCCGCUAUUUCUGGUCGGUGCGCCGCGCGAUCCGCUGGUGUCAGCCGGUGCGAUCGUCGCGUCGUCGACGAGCGUGCCCGACGACGUCGGCCAGGGUGACGAUCUGCAGUCGACCGCUCUGACCGGUCUGAUCGGCGGCGCGCAAUCCACCUCCGUCUGCUUCCCUGCAAAAUUUACGUAUGAUUUCUCGACUAGCCCGGAAAACGAAGAGAGACCGUCCUGCGUCAUCGGCAAGAGGAAGCAGCGUCGGUACCGCACCACGUUUUCCAAUUUUCAGCUGGAGGAGUUGGAACGUGCAUUCCAGAAGACCCAUUACCCCGACGUGUUCUUUCGGGAGGAGCUCGCAGUUCGUAUCCAGUUGACAGAAGCUAGAGUACAAGUGUGGUUCCAAAAUCGGCGAGCGAAAUGGCGCAAGCAGGAGAAGCAAUGCAAGAUCGCAACUCAUAUGACGUCGCACUUACCACCGUCGGACUGCCAAGAGAUGCAGCAGCAGCAGCAGCAACAUCAGUCGCAACACUCGGAUCACUUGCUACUCGAAUCACCGUGCAGUCCUAUAUACCUCGGCAUGGAAUGGGCAGGUUUCUCUCCUUACAACAACGCGGACAGCGCGUCGUCUCUUAUCGUGAACAACAUGAACAAGCCGGAGACGGAAGCUGACAACAAUCCGCUGCUCGAUCCCGAAUUGUUACAACUAAAGCCUCCACGUUCCUAA